AUGCCUGCGCCCCCUGGCCAUCUGGGCAAUCUGACGCCCGAACAGGAAGCCAAACUGCGUGAGUUUUGGACGGCUACACUGCGAGUGUUUGGUGUGGAAGACGCACAACACGCAGCUGGGACAGAGACGCCGCAGACCGAAGACGCGGUGUCAGAGAUCGAUGUCAAGGAUAAAGAGAAGGCCAAGAAGCGAUUUGGUGUAUUCAAGAGACACAAGGACAAAGAGUCGAGUAGCGGAAGGGCGACCCCGACGAAAGACCCAAGCGAUCACAAGGACGCCGACGACAAGUAUGGUCAGGCCAAAGAGUUUCAGGAGAUCCUGUCUACACAGACGCCCGAGUCUUUGCGCGCUGCCUUCUGGAGCAUGGUGAAGGCCGACCAUCCAGAUGCGCUGUUGCUACGGUUCCUAAGAGCACGGAAAUGGGACGUUGAAAAGGCACUAGUCAUGCUGGUGUCAACGAUGCGGUGGAGAAGUCAAGAGCAACACGUCGAUGACGACGUCGUACUGCGCGGCGAAGGAGGCGCGCUCGAGGAUUCAAAAUCUGAUGACCCAGCCGUCAAGAAGGAGGGACAAGAUUUUCUGGCGCAGUUAAGACUGGGCAAGAGUUUUCUGCACGGGACCGAUAAAGAGGGGAGGCCGUUAUGUUUCGUCCGGGUCCGAUUGCAUAAAGGAGGCGAGCAGACAGAGCGCUCUCUGGAACGAUAUACGGUUUAUGUGAUUGAGACGACUCGGCUCGCUCUGAGGCCGCCUGUUGAGACCGCUUGUAUAGUUUUCGACAUGACGAAUUUCACCAUGGCCAACAUGGAUUAUACCCCUGUCAAGUUCAUGAUCAAGAUUUUCGAAGCCAACUACCCGGAAUCGCUCGGUGCCGUGCUGGUCCACAAGUCGCCGUGGAUAUUCCAAGGCAUCUGGAAGAUCAUCCGCGGCUGGCUCGACCCCGUGGUAGCGGGCAAAGUGCAUUUUACGUCCAAUGUGGACGAUCUCGAGAAAUUUAUCCCGCGGUCGCGGAUCAUCAAGGAAUUAGACGGCGACGAGAACUGGGAAUACAAGUACAUCGAACCCGUCCCGGGCGAGAACGACACAAUGAAGGAGGAAGAGCCACGGAAGGCUGUUGAAGCCGAGCGAGACGCCGAAGUGCGCGAGUAUCAGCGGAUGACCUUCGAGUGGAUAUCCAAAGGCACAGGCCGGGAGGCCGAGAAACUCAAGGAGGAGAGGCAUACCUUGGCGAGGAAGCUGAACGACAACUAUUGGAAGCUCGACAAAUAUGUGCGUGCAAGGACGUACUACGACCGAACCGGCAUGAUCGGGCCAGACGGGACCAUCAACUUUUACCCGCCCACUGCAUCUGCAGGGUCGUCCAACGUGCCGAAGAUUGCAACCAGUGCGGAUGAUGUCGACUAA